AUGAUGCUAUACCCCUGUGAGGAUGAAAAUAAGGAUUCAAUGGGAUGGGAGACAAGAGCAGGCAAGUGCCGAGCGUCAGCUCAGCACGUGCGCCCCUCAGCCCUGCGCCCUCCGCGGCCCCGGACCCCGCCGCCCUCGAACCCCUCCUCGCCCGGCCCGGCGCUUCUCCCGUUCAACUCCGCGUCCGCCCUCGCCCGCCGCUCGCGUACCCUCCCCCCCGCCCCCGGCCCCCACUCCGCCCCGCCAGCACCCCGGGGGGCUCCGGAGUCGGGCCACGUCCCCAGCGUGCCGGGAGAGGCCGCCUGGGGGCGCAGCGGGCCGGAUCGAGGGACGGGGCGGAGGCUCCCGCCGCCGCCUCCUCACGGUCCCCUCAGCCGCCGCCUCCUCAGGGUCCUCUCAGUCGCCGCCUCCUCACGGUCCCCUCAGCCGCCGCCUCCUCAGGGUCCCCUCAGCCGCCUCCUCCUCACGGUCCCCUCAGCCGCCGCCUCCUCGGGGUCCCCUCAGUCGCCGCCUCCUCAGGGUCCCCUCAGCCGCCGCCUCCUCAGGGUCCCGUCAGUCGCCGCCUCCUCAGGGUCCCCUCAGCCGCCGCCUCCUCAGGGUCCCGUCAGUCGCCGCCUCCUCAGGGUCCCCUCAGCCGCCGCCUCCUCAGGGUCCCCUCAGCCGCCGCCUCCUCAGCGCCGCGUCGCCGCCUGCCUCGCGCCCUCCGCGGGCCCGGGAGCCCCUCAGCGCGGCGGCGGGGCCGUGGGGGGCCGCCACAUGGGGACUUAG